UUCUACAUGUUACCUGGCUAUAUACCUGCCUGAGAUACACCGACUCGUACCUGCUGCUAAAGGUCCUGUAGAUAUGACUCAGCUGUUGUCCCUCCUCCUAUUAGUGUUGACAGUACUGGUGGGGAUAGAUCUGUGUAAAGGUCACCCAAGUAACGACCACGCCUCCCCUAACACACCCACAGAACAAUCCGAACAGGUCGGCUUCCACGACGACAAAGUCGUCCAUGAUGAAGCUCAUCUGAAGGAACACCUGCAGGAGGAAAUAGAUACCAGUAAGCCGAUGACACCACAGGAGAUGGAAUUCCACUACUUCCGUUUACAUGACGCGGAUAACAACACCAAGCUAGAUGGUUUGGAAAUAAUGUCAGCCCUAAGCCAUAUGAGUAAUAUGUACGAUCUCACGGCUGCGGAAAAGGCGGGGAAAUCGGACCAGGAAGUAGCUGAACUACAGCGCAAGCGUAGUGACGAGGCCACGAAGCACUACGCGGAUAUCGUAGAUAAAGUACUGAGAGAAGAUGACUUCGACCAAGAUGGCUACAUUUCCUAUCCGGAGUACGUUUCCGCUAGACGGCGCGAUUACGAUCGGUACCAGCACGAAAUGGCACAACAACAAAUGAUGGCACAACAGCAUAUGAUGCAGCAACAGCAGGCUAUGGCUCAACAACAGCAGUUCCAGCAAUUCCAACAGUUCCAACAGCAACAACAGGCGAUGCAAAUGCAACAACUCCAACAACAACAACAGCAGCAGCAACAACAGCCACGGCAGCAGGCUGAGAUGGGUACACAGACGGCAGCAUCACAGUCAUAACAGGCCAGGACACAACAAUCAAGGGAGGGUCAAGGACAUUUAUAAGGACACUUAUUUUAGACAUUUAACUCUACUUAGGUACACGGAAAGGUUAGUGAUAACAAUGCUCAGGAUAAAUGACCGCAGGGAAGGUCAAUAGAUAUGGGUCAAGGACAGUGUACUUAACAUAUGUCACAGUAACGGAGAUCCCAAUAUUACAAUAACGGGCAUGGUUACAAUAGCGGGAAGUCAGUGUCAAAAUACAGGCGGGUAACCGGGGUUAAUGUCAUGAUAACGGGAACGUCAGGGUCAAAAUACAGGUGGGUAACCGGGGUUAAUGUCAUGAUAACGUGAAAGGUCAGGGUCAAAAUACAGGUGGGUAACCGGGGUUAAUGUCAUGAUAACGGGAACGUCAGGGUCAAAAUACAGGCGGGUAACCGGGGUUAAUGUCAUGAUAACGGGAACGUCAGGGUCAAAAUACAGGUGGGAAACCGGGGUUAAUGUCAUGAUAACGGGAACGUCAGGGUCAAAAUACAGGUGGGAAACCGGGGUUAAUGUCAUGAUAAUGGGAAAGGUCAGGGUCAAAAUACAGGUGGGAAACCGGGGUUAAUGUCAUGACAACGGGAACGUCAGGGUCAAAAUACAGGUGGGAAACCGGGGUUAAUGUCAUGAUAACGGGAACGUCAGGGUCAAAAUACAGGUGGGAAACCGGGGUUAAUGUCAUGAUAACGGGAACGUCAGGGUCAAAAUACAGGUGGGUAACCGGGGUUAAUGUCAUGAUAAUGGGAAAGGUCAGGGUCAAAAUACAGGUGGGAAACCGGGGUUAAUGUCAUGAUAAUGGGAAAGGUCAGGGUCAAAAUAUAGGUGGGAAACCGGGGUUAAUGUCAUGACAACGGGAAAGGUCAGGGUUAAAAUAAUGGUGGGUACCGGGGUUAAUGUCAUGACAACGGGGAAGUCAGUGUCAAAAUAAUGGUGGGUACCGGGGUUAAUGUCAUGACAACGGCAAAGGUCAGGGUCAAAAUACAGGUGGGUAACCGGGGUUAAUGUCAUGAUAACGGGAAAUGUCGGGGUCGAAAGAAUGGGAGAGCAAGGUCACAAGGUCGGGGAAGCCCAAGGUCAUACUAACGGUAAGCCCAAGGUCAAAUUCAAAAGAAGACCAAGGUAGCAAUAACCUUAAGGUUGCAUGUAGAAAGGAAAAUUGAAAAAUCCAUGAACUCUUUAAUAUUAACAACAUGAUCUGAUCUACAUUGAUAAAGUAUUAAUAUUGCAUGGUGAAAAGCAACACAUAUAUGUGAUGCUUUCUCUAGUAUAUAUUCAUUAACAAAUUUGAUCAGAAAUGUUGUUUAUUACUAUACAUUGUUAGAUGUUUCAUAUCAUCAUGUCAAUGUGGAGGAGUGUGCUUCUAGUCAUUUAUGUAAACAGUAUAUUGUAGAGAGUAGACGUUGUGUGUGUACUGUUGUAGAUAUGUAGGAGGGUAGGAGAGUAGAUGUUGUGUGUGUACUGUUGUAGAUAUGUAGGAGGUUAGGAGGAGAGUAGAUGUUGUUUGUGUACUGUUGUAGAUAUGUAGGUGAGUAGGAGGAGAGUAGAUGUUGUGUGUGUACUGUUGUAGAUAUGUAGGUGAGUAGGAGGAGAGUAGAUGUUGUGUGUGUACUGUUGUAGAUAUGUAGGAGGGUAGGAGGAGAGUAGAUGUUGUGUGUGUACUGUUGUAGAUAUGUAGGAGGGUAGGAGGAGAGUAGAUGUUGUGUGUACUGUUGUAGAUAUGUAUGAGGGUAGGAGGAGAGUAGAUGUUGUGUGUGUACUGUUGUAGAUAUGUAGGAGGGUAUGAGGAGAGUAGAUGUUGAGUGUGUACUGUUGUAGGUAUGUAGGAGGGUAGGAGGAGAGUAGAUGUUGUGUGUACUGUUGUAGGUAUGUAGGAGGGUAGGAGGAGAGUAGCUGUUGUGUGUACUGUUGUAGGUAUGUAGGAGGGUACAAGGAGAGUAGAUGUUGUGUGUGUUCUGUUGUAGGUAUGUAGGAGGGUAGGAGGAGAGUAGAUGUUGUGUGUACUGUUGUAGGUAUGUAGGAGGGUACAAGGAGAGUAGAUGUUGUGGGUGUUCUGUUGUAGGUAUGUAGGAGGGUAGGAGGAGAGUAGAUGUUGUGUGUGUACUGUUGUAGGUAUGUAGGAGGGUAGGAGAGUAGAUGUUGUGUGUGUACUGUUGUAGGUAUGUAGGAGGGUAGGAGGAGAGUAGAUGUUGUGUGUGUACUGUUGUAGGUAUGUAGGAGGGUAGGAUGAGAGUAGAUGUUGUGUGUGUACUGUUGUAGGUAUGUAGGAGGGUAGGAGGAGAGUAGAUGUUGUGUGUGUACUGUUGUAGAUAUGUAGGAGGGUAGGAGGAGAGUAGAUGUUGUGUGUGUACUGUUGUAGGUAUGUAGGAGGGUAGGAGGAGAGUAGAUGUUGUGUGUGUACUGUUGUAGAUAUGUAGGAGGGUAGGAGAGUAGAUGUUGUGUGUGUACUGUUGUAGGUAUGUAGGAGGGUAGGAGGAGAGUAGAUGUUGUGUGUGUACUGUUGUAGAAAUGUAGGAGGGUAGGAGGAGAGUAGAUGUUGUGUGUGUACUGUUGUAGGUAUGUAGGAGGGUAGGAGGAGAGUAGAUGUUGUGUGUGUACUGUUGUAGAUAUGUAGGAGGGUAGGAGAGUAGAUGUUGUGUGUGUACUGUUGUAGGUAUGUAGGAGGGUAGGAGGAGAGUAGAUGUUGUGUGUGUACUGUUGUAGGUAUGUAGGAGGGUAGGAGGAGAGUAGAUGUUGUGUGUGUACUGUUGUAGAUAUGUAGGAGGGUACAAGGAGAGUAGAUGUUGUGUGUGUUCUGUUGUAGGUAUGUAGGAGGGUAGGAGGAGAGUAGAUGUUGUGUGGGUACUGUUGUAGGUAUGUAGGAGGGUAGGAGGAGAGUAGAUGUUGUGUGUGUACUGUUGUAGAUAUGUAGGAGAGUAGAUGUUGUGUGUGUACUGUUGUAGAUAUGUAGGAGGAUAGGAGAGUAGAUGUGUGUGUACUGUUGUAGGUAUGUAGGAGGGUAGGAGGAGAGUAGAUGUUGUGUGUGUACUGUUGUAGAUAUAUAGGAGGGUAGGAGGAGAGUAGAUGUUGUGUGUGUACUGUUGUAGAUAUGUAGGAGGGUAGGAGGAGAGUAGAUGUUGUGUGUGUACUGUUGUAGGUAUGUAGGAGGGUAGGAGAGUAGAUGUUGUGUGUGUACUGUUGUAGAUAUGUAGGAGGGUAGGAGGAGAGUAGAUGUUGUGUGUGUACUGUUGUAGAUAUGUAGGAGGGUAGGAGGAGAGUAGAUGUUGUGUGUGUACUGUUGUAGAUAUGUAGGAGGGUAGGAGGAGAGUAGAUGUGUGUGUACUGUUGUAGGUAUGUAGGAGGGUAGGAGGAGAGUAGAUGUGUGUGUACUGUUGUAGAUAUGUAGGAGAGUAGAUGUGUGUGUACUGUUGUAGAUAUGUAGGAGGGUAGGAGGAGAGUAGAUGUGUGUGUACUGUUGUAGGUAUGUAGGAGGGUAGGAGGAGAGUAGAUGUUGUGUGUGUUCUGUUGUAGAUAUGUAGGAGGGUAGGAGGAGAGUAGAUGCUGUGUGUGUACUGUUGUAGAUAUGUAGGAGGGUAGGAGGAGAGUAGAUGUUGUGUGUGUACUGUUGUAGAUAUGUAGGAGGGUAGGAGAGUAGAUGUUGUGUGUGUACUGUUGUAGAUAUGUAGGAGGGUAGGAGGAGAGUAGAUGUUGUGUGUGUACUGUUGUAGAUAUGUAGGAGGGUAGGAGGAGAGUAGAUGUGUGUGUACUGUUGUAGAUAUGUAGGAGGGUAGGAGGAGAGUAGAUGUUGUGUGUGUACUGUUGUAGAUAUGCAGGAGGGUACAAGGAGAGUAGAUGUUGUGUGUGUUCUGUUGUAGGUAUGUAGGAGGGUAGGAGGAGAGUAGAUGUUGUGUGUGUUCUGUUGUAGGAGAGUAUGUGAGUUGUGAUAAAGUGAGUAUGAGUUUGGUGAAUUCCAUUUUUGUUGUAUCUAUAAUGAUGUCCGUUAUAUGUAUGCAUGUGUAUUUAUUGAAAACAUUUUUGUUAACUCAUUGCCGCAAUGUAAAUCAAUAGUUAACUAGUUGUAACCACUGUAGCAAUAAAAUGAAAAUCCAGAUUUAAUACAAAA